AUGAUCACGUUUUGUUUGUGCACAUGUAGUUCAAGAAGCACGAAAACAUUUCGGCCGCGGAAGAGCACGCCCGUUGGCAGCAAGGGGUUACAACUCAAACGUCACCUCGAUGCGACGCUGGGCAGUGGGAACAUAAUGGAGGCAGUGAAGCUGCCUCCCGGCGAGGACCUGAAUGAGUGGCUUGCCGUCAAUACUGUGGACUUCUACAAUGCGAUAAGUAUAUUGUACGGGACUCUGGAGGAAGUCUGCACGGAACGGUCUUGCGAAAUCAUGUCCGCGAGCGCCAAGUAUGAGUAUCUUUGGGCGGAUGGCGUUAAAGUGAAGAAACCCAUUAAAUGCUCAGCACCCGAGUAUAUCAACCGGCUGUACGACUGGAUCGAGGAGCAGAUCGACGACGACAGGAUAUUCCCACAGCAAUUCGGCUCCCCGUUUCCCCCCAACUUCUUGGAAGUAACUAAGACCAUCUUCAAACGCCUCUUCCGGGUGUACGCGCACAUCUACCACUCGCACUUCACGGCAAUCUGUACCCUGGGCGAAGAGGCGCAUUUAAAGACGUGCUUCAAGCACUUCAUUUAUUUUGUCAAGCACUACAACUUGGUGGACGAGAAGGAGUUGGCGCCCCUUCAGGAGCUCAUCGAUACGUUCAUGGAGAGCGGGAGGCAUGGCGGCACGGACGGCACGUUGUGA